UGUUUCUGAAUGAGUAGGAGUGAGACUGAGGCAGGGACAAAAAGCUUAAGCAGCAAAAAUGCAGAAACGAGCCCUCACAGCCCUUCGCUUCCUCACCCUCUUGACGGGCUUCCUCAUUAUCUGCCUGGGUGCAGUUUUUGUCUCCACAGACUCUCCACUGAACUGUAGGGGCAGCCUCUUCCUCCCCUAUUUCCUUUUGCCCUUAGGAUUUCUCAUCCUCAUAAGCGGCAUUUUCUGGAGCACAUACCACCAGGCCACCCAAAGCAAGAACAUGUUCAGCGAUGUGUUCCGACAACACCUGGGCUCCGGGGCAGCGCACAUUCAGACAGUGGACAGGUCAGAUUUUUAUCUUCCAUCUUAUGAAGACAGUAUAGAUCCUGAAAAACAGGUCUGCUCAGCACAGGAAGAGCACUCUAAUAUUCCUCCACCAUAUACUGAGAGCUGCCUGGAAUUUAUGGAGGAAACUGACCCCUACAAGGACACCCCACCACCCUAUGAAGUGUCAGAAGUGGAAACGGCAGGGGCAGUGGCUGCGCCAGUCAUAGACAGAGCAACAGCAGAAGUGGCAGCAGGAGGAGGAGAGGAAGCAAGCCAAGAAUGCCUCAGGCACUAAGAGUUCUCAGGCACUUGUGACGCAGCCACACCAGGAGUCAGUUGCUAAUAAUAUGAACUGUCAAGAGACCAUGGAAGGAAAAAAAAAUAUUAUUUAUCCUGGGUUAGAGUUGGUGGAGAAGAGGCUACAUAUGACAGCAGUAGCCUUUGCAAAAACAUGGUAGGGUAUUCUAAAACAUCCCUUCCCGUGACGAUAGAAGUGUGUGGCC